CAUAUUUCGAACUAUAUGUUGUCCUUCCAUUGUUUUUCUAGUUGAGUUUCUUGUAUUUCGAGAAACAGUACACGAAUUUUUCAUUUUUGAUUUUUGUUCCUCCGUUAUAUUGAAAGCCGCAAGAUGCCAGUGUACUCCCGUGAAAAGAAGGAGAGUAAUCACGAAGAAAUGGAGGUGGAUUAUCCGGAGCAAGAGGCGAGCAGUUCAGACGAAGAGGACACCGAAAGCUCGUCUGUUUCUGAAGAUGGAGACAGUUCAGAGAUGGACGAUGAGGACUGCGAAAGGAGAAGAAUGGAAUGCUUAGACGAAAUGACGAAUCUAGAGAAACAGUUCACUGACCUUAAAGACCAGCUUUACAAGGAAAGGUUGAGCCAGGUGGACCUGAAGUUACAGGAGGUGAUCGCAGGCAACGCCCCGGAGUAUCUGGAACCCCUGGCCAACCUGCAGGAGAGCAUGCAGAUCAGAACCAAAGUCGCAGGGAUCUAUCGGGAGCUGUGCUUGGAGUCUGUGAAGAACAAGUACGACUGCGAGGUGCAAGCUGCCUUCCAGCACUGGGAGAGCGAAAAGCUGCUGCUGUUUGAUACGGUGCAGAGUGAGCUGGAGGAGAAAAUCAGACGACUGGAGGAGGAUCGCCACAGCAUAGACAUAACCUCAGAGCUCUGGAACGACGGGCUGCAGUCGAGGAAGAACAAGAAGAAAGACCCCUUCAGCCCUGAUAAAAAGAAGAAGCCAGUGGUGGUGUCUGGACCCUAUAUUGUUUACAUGCUGAAAGACCUAGAUAUACUUGAGGACUGGACGGCAAUAAGAAAGGCGAUGGCAACACUGGGGCCUCCCAGAGUCAAGGCAGAUGUGACUGCCAAGAGUGAGAAGUACCCUCACAGUGCUCGGUCUGAGGACGGGCAUCUGUUCUACGAUGGCGAGGUGUACAGCCGGGGACAGACCAUAUGCAUCCACAAGAAGGAUGAGUAUCCUACCAGUGCCAUCAUCACCACCAUUAACCACGACGAGGUCUGGUUCAAGAGGCUGGACGGCAGCAAGUCGAAGCUGUACAUCUCUCAGCUGCAGAAGGGGAGAUACACCAUGAAGCACUCCUAGCCAGCACUCGCGCCUCUUCUCCUUCUCACCUCCACCCGAGGGCGUCUGGCAGUUUCUGUACCCUCUGUUUUGCAGGUGCUUUUCAUCGUGGUUCAGACAGCUUGUCUCUUCCCGGCCGCUCUUCGUGGCAGUGCCGCUCCUCUGUCACACGUUCACGCGUCGCAGUUCUGAACACCCGAUCGUGUGUGUACUGUGUGUGUGAGUGUGUGCGCAUCUGUCUGCGUGUGUGAUGGUAUCCCAGUGCUCCACAUGGGAGUGCUGCUACAGGCAGUGCUGGUUGCCAAGGAAACUGCAGAGGGGGCUGCUUUGGGCAAGAUGGGGAUGGACGCUCCUGCUCUGUCGCUGUGGAAUUCAUGUAAAGAAUUUUUGUCCUUUGACUUUUUUAUCGUAAUGUCAUAGCAUGCUGGAGUAGAAGGUAGUGGGGGUCAGAUGCUGAUGACUGGAGAGUUGGGCCUUGUGAACCCUAAAAUGGGUGGAGCCAUUACCCACUGAUUGAAACGCAUUGUAUAGUUUUCCUAUGGAGAGUAAUGCCUUUCGAUUGACUCAGAUAAGUCAGUGGCUUGCGGCACGUGGUAGCUCCACCCACCGUGGAGUUCCGGAGGCUUCCCUCUCACGUCACUGUCCAAUGGGAAUCUGUGCAACACAUGAGACUUUCACUGCUAAACCUGCUUUCGCUCACACUGUCACAGAGAUGGCCUUUGCAGGGGCCUGGCAUGAAACGGUGUCUUGUCAGAAACCAUCGAUCUGUUUACCUCAUCCAAACACUGCUGCUGCUAGCCUCCUUCCUUUCCUCCAGUGCAGUGUUACUCUGUCCAUCACUGCCUCUACCUGCCAGCCGCUUACCUGGGAGAGUCAUGCUCUGCCAUUGACUGAUUGUUCACCAAGUUUAGUGCAAGUGCUCUGAAGAUCCACUGCUUCCAUGUGGAUAAGUCAGUCAAUUCAUGUGACCGCAGUCAGCCAAUUCAGAUGACAUAUAGAUCUGUGCUGUGCCCAGUCUAAAGGGAUGCCAUUGAGCAGGUAGCAAGACUCCUUUGGUUUCUCUUUAGGUUUGAGAAAACCUGGCCUUACUGUUCUCUUGUAACAGGAGGAAUGAGCUCUGAAUGGGAACUACAAUCAUUUGUAUAUGAUUUUAUUUCUCUCCAUUGUGUGCACAUGCAAUGAUCAAUAUGCUGGGAAACAUUUAUAGAUCUUUUUAAACUUCACUUUUUAGAAUAUAUUCCUGUAAAUGCACAGAACGGAUAUGUUCCGUGUGGUUUUAGUUCAGGCAAAUGAGAGAUCGCUGUAGGGUAUAUCUGGUCUAUCUGUGUCAAUCUGCCUUUAAGGUUUUUGGAGACUCCUGUCAGUCCUAGAAAGUUCACAGCAAAACUAUGAGAAGAUCUCAUCAUUUUUAAAAAUUCUAAUAGUGAGAACACUUUUAAGACCAUAUAUAUUGAAUAAAAAUGGGAGCCAUCCCAACUACCUUUUAAGUAUAAAGAGGACUUCAGACAAAAAGAUGUUUUGCAGUGUUGCAGACAGAAUUUGUGAGGGGUCUUGUGCCUUGGUAUUCAGGUUUCUGGAGUUUAAUGAAAUAGUGCGCCAACAGUGUGUGUUCAGAAAGGGAGCCCUGAUUGUCCCUGUUCCUCUGUAGAGCUGGAACCAGGCUGGCUGGUGUCAAAACUGGCUGCCCUGGUACAGUGUGCUUGCUUUUCCUUUGCAUUACACACACUCAGAGCUACAGCACAUGACUUCACAUUGACCAUUUCCUGGAUCUCAUCUGCAGUUCGAUGCUGUGGUUUUAUA